CAUCCCCUUAAACCGCAGUUAUUAUUCUAAUUAGAAUCAAAAUGAUAGUCAAUAUGAAUAAAUUACAGUCGCUGCGAAAAAUGUAUCCUAAUUGAGGUGACUCAUGGAACGUGGUAUCUAUUCGGAAGCCAUCAGUACUAAUGUAAGUAACAGCCGUGAAAGCCUUAAAGUCAAAACUUUAAGAUUUGUAUAAUAUAAUCUUCAGAAUUAAGGGGGUACGCCACCUUGACAAGUUCCAAAAUGGAAAAUUUUUUGCUUUAUUUUAAUGUUUGCAGUGUCCGAAAUGUUGGGCCAAAAGAAUUUUUCAAAAUACGAAGUAUUUAAAGUUACAGCACUUUGAAGAAUCGCGUGUCCGCGCAGGUAGAAAGCCGCGUAGCGGAAGAGACCAUUAUAUUUGUAUCAGAGUGACGUGUUUAAUAAAAGUUUAAAACUACUUAUUAAUCCCCAAAAACAGUUAUUCGAUUCUAUUGAUUAGUCUCUGAGAAAUAUCACUUCGAAUGUGACCCAUUUUUUGAGGCUGUCAAGGUGGCAUACUCCCUUAAAAGUACAUAAAGCAAAAGAUAAAUAAUCAUGAAUGACGGAGUGAGACCGAGAGUAGAAAAAAUCUCCACACAGACGCCUCGCUUUCCAUUUCAUCCACGCUAGUUCCUCGUACGAGCCAGUUCUCUUUCAGUCGUCGAAUCUCACUGAUCAUUGCGCGCCACUAUUGUCCUAAGAGAGGGAGAUUUGCAAAUAAUUGACACUGACGGGAUUCUCAGAUAAAGACAAUCAGCAAAUCGAAGAGGCAUCAUUCUCUUUUUUUCGGCUUUAUCUAAUUUCUUCAUUGUUCCGCCAAUAAGUGUGCGUUUCUUUCAUUUUUAUUGAGACAAACGCGUCUGCUUUAUCUAGAUCGGAAAUUCGUGCAACAACGAAAAAUCUAUCAAUCCGUCCCUGUGCUUCUUGAAAUUGACUUCAUGGUAUCUGGUAUCAGUGUUCACCAAGUUGCGAUAAUGAGGAAGUAACUGGGGACGAAGAAGAAAGUGACUAUUGGUUUAGACAUCAAAGCUGCAUUAUGUCAUAUUGGCAAUUCGCAUUGAUUUUGUGUGUCUGUACAAAUCUCAGCAAGUUAUUUUGUGUUUCCGCACAAGCCCACCUGAAAGAUAGAUUAAACAAGUUAAACGAGAAUGCCGGCAGCUAUUCGCUGCCCGCUUAUGCUGUCGCUUCAACCGCCGAUCUCCUCAAUUCGACGAUAUGUAGGAAGGAAUUGCAAGACUUCCGGGACGCAGUCGAUCAGCGCAUAUUAUGGAGCUUGAGAAUGUUAGAUUCUAGCGGCGAGCCUAAACCGGGUUUUCUCUAUGGAAAUAAUUACUGGCUGGGCAGUCAUAAUCAAUGCGACGAUACGAUGAAUACAGUUCCCUUAGAGAUUUCAAAGCAGGAUUUAUUAAACAAUACGCAAUACCGUGAUCCACAAAAGGAGUUCCCGCCUUUCAAAGUGCAUUACCUCGUCGCUUAUUUCAGGCACAACAGUACUCUUCAAUACCACGUGAAUUUACACGACGAAGACAUUAUUACGCUCGGUCUCUGUUUACCGGCAUCGUGCCGUACGAGCGAUUUGAGUUUCAUUCUGGAAAGGAUAUUUUACAAUAGAAGUCUUCUAAUUGGUCACAUUUAUUCCGCGGAUUUCACGUUAAUCGAAGUUAAAGACCUGAAGAAUGAUUAUCAAUGGCUAUUCAAUGGCACGUCUCUUCUUAUCUUCUGGAUUGUUUUAGUCUUCACUUUGGCAAUGAUGAUAAUUGGAACUGUCUAUGAUAUUUUCAUUUAUCAAAAUUAUUUAUCUAUGAAAAAAGUGAACACUAGGAUAAAAGACCUCCGCGAGGAAGUGGAAUUCAUCGCUUUAUCUUCAAAAGAGGAAAGUAAAGUUGGAAAAGUUCUGAUGUGUUUCUCCAUUUACACAAACACGAGAAUAAUAUUUGACACAAGCUUAAGCGCCAAUGCAAUACCUGUCAUACAUGGCUUACGAUUCCUAAGCAUGGGUUGGAUCAUUAUGAUUCACACCACGUUAUUCAUACUCCCAUAUAUUGAUAAUAAAAUAUGGCUUUGGAAAAUGUCUCAGAGUUUUAUCGCUCAAAUACUAAGCAAUGGAAGCAUAUCGGUCGACACAUUUUUUUUCCAAAGCGGAUUUUUAGUGACCUAUUUAUAUCUGAAGAACAGAACGAGCAAAGAACAAACCAAGCUUAAUUUUAGAGCGAAGCUAAAUUUAUUCUUUGGCUUCAUAAUAAAACGAUUUAUGCGGCUAACACCGACUUAUAUAAUGGCGUUAGGAAUAGUACUGGUAACUUCGAGUUGGUAUGAUAAGACUUCGGAGUUUUAUAUGGACGAGAGACCGCAAGAAACUUGUACAAAGUAUUGGUGGAGAAACCUCUUGUACAUAAAUAAUCUAUUCGAUCAUAAUGAUCUGUGCAUGCAAUGGAGUUGGUAUAUAGCCAAUGAUAUGCAAUUCUAUGUAAUUGGUGUGGCUCUGUUGAUUUUGUCGUCCACCUACUUCUAUACGGCUGCCGUCAUAUUAGGAGCCCUUCUAAUAGGAUCAAUUGUGUUGACUGGUUAUAUCUCAUACGUUCACCAACAUACUCCAAUAGUAACUGAACUAUAUAAAGUUCUAAAUGUCUUGUAUGACCCACCCUGGGUCCGAAUAAGUCCAUAUAUUAUUGGAAUGAUCACAGCUUACAUUUUAAUAAGGCUGAACAACAAAUUAGUAUUGAAAAAGACAACUGUAGUAUUAUGUUGGUGCUUUGGUAGCAUUUGCAACAUUCUUGUACUGUUUGGCCUUUAUAACCGAUAUAUAUCCGUUCUGUCUUUUGCUGUCUACGUUGCAAUAAGCAGGACAGUUUGGGCUAUAGGUAUAGCUUGGAUAGUAAUAGCAUGUAGCACUAAACAUGGAGGCAUCGUUAAUGAGCUAUUAUCAUUCAGAGGCUGGAUUCCUCUCAGUAAACUCACAUACGGCGCUUAUCUCUUAAAUCCUUUUGUUUUAAAUCUCGUUCAUUUAGACAGUGAAGCGUCGGUUCACGUAGGACUUAUGUCCAUAAUUACUAUAUUUAUGGGAAUCUUCGCAACAAGUUUUUUGUGCUCUUACAUAUUAAAUUUGAUGGCAGAAACACCAUACGCAUUGCUAUUACGAAUGCUGACGCAACCUCGCAGCAAAAAGAAAUAUAAAUCGCGAGAAAUCGUGAUUUCCUCUACAAAUAUAUAAUAAAAAAUAUCGCAGUAUAUCUUGCUAUACGAGUGUAAGUAAUCGGUUAUAAUCGCACAGUCUGCAAAUCAUGUGUCCUUAAUAAAUCCAAUUCUGAGACACGAUAUGAUUUACUUCUAUGUAUUUCCAUAGGUUUAAUUAGCAUCAUUAUAACAAUAAUGCUAUAAAAGUACAAAGCACUUUUUAUUGACUUUCUUGGAAUUUUAAAAGGAACAUGGAAAUGUUUAUAUCAAUCGUUACAUCAAUUAAUGUAAGCUCUGAAUAUUGUAAAAAAUCGUAAAUAAAUGUGUAACAUUACAUAUGCAUCUACCCUAACUAUUACCUUUGAAAAUGGAAAGAAGUAUGAUUUUAAAAUUUAAAUAAUACUGAUUUGCAAAUUAUGCAAAUGAUCUAGUAAAAGCAAAACAUGCCAUGUUCCACAGAGAGCUCACCUAUAGCGCAGCACAUCCAAAAACAACCAAUAUGAAAAUAGUUUUUCAAUUACCACUGUUGACGGGAUAAAAAUAUCAAUGAGAAACAUGCCGAAUAACGAUAUGAUAAAUUAUAUAUAUUUAAAACGUUUGCCACCACCACGUAUGGAUUGAAUACUCCAUCACAGAUCAUUUGAUAUUUUUCUUCAUUUUUGAUAUUCAUAAAAUGGGCUUUGUCUUAUUUUUGAAAUGAAAACAUGGAAUACAAAAUUGCUAGCACACACAUAUGCAAUACUUUCUUUUAUAUGAAAUCGAUGCGUCACACAUAUGUGAUACUUGGUAGUGGACAUGUUAAUGUAUUUAAUAUUUUUUUUAGGAAUAAUGAUAGAAGUAAAAUUUAAACAUAAUUAAAAUAAAUAAAAGAAUGAAUUGAUAAUUAUAAUUGUAUAAUAAAGUCUAUCCACAUAAAUCUUCCUGUAACUGUUUCUCGAGCUGUUCUUUCAAGAUUAAAGAUUCCCUUGUUCUUUGAUACACGAGAUUCUAAAGUAUUAUAAGUAUUAUAAGUAAUGCGCGUUACACAAUGAAGCUCUAUUUCCCAACUCGCAUAAACUCGCAUAACACCCAGAUAAUUUUAGAUGCUUUUACUAAAAAUUGAAUUUGUUAUGGCAUAUUAUAGUUUUUACAGUAUACAGUACGAAUUCUUCCAUAUAUUUUAAUAUAUUACAUAUUGGUAUCAAAACAAGCGAACAGUUUGUGUCGGAUUGGUAGAAAAUUUUAUCAGAAAGAAUUUAUAAGAUUUUUUAAUAAAGGACCAAUUAUCAAUGGCUGCUAAGCUAUUGGCACAUAGCUAUCGUUUGGUAUGUCGAAAAUUCGAAAAAAACAGUAAUAACAAUAAAAAUAAAAUAAUAUGUUAAAAGAUAGCCUUUCACGUAUCUAUAUCAAGAAAUUAAAAUAAUAAAAAAUGCUUAUUUGAUACAUUUUAUAAUUACAGUUUUGUUUUAAUGCAUACUUGUCGUUUGAUGAUGAUUGGUACUAUAUAUGAUAUACGUAUUCGUAUGUAAAAAACAUUUAAAUGUGAGAAAGCAAGACGAUAUUAGUAAGCAUCACAUUCAAAACUUUUUUAUACUUUGCUAAUCGAAAUAUUACAAAUUUUUUACUGUUUGUACUUUUUCAUUACAUAUAAUUGAAAUACAUUCGUAAAGUUAUCGUUAUGUCAUCUAAUUCUUAUUUACAACAUAAUGAAAAUGGUUUUGUAUAUGUACAGAUAAUAAAGUAUAGAUUUGGAGAAUGAUUUUAAUCAAGUAAAUAAUAAACAAUCUAACAGUAGCAAUCAACACAUAGGUUUCCAAAGCGGAUCUUUAAUGAUCUAUUUAUAUCCGAGGAAGAUAACGAAGAAGGAACAGAUUGUGAUAGUUAAUUAUAUAACGAAGUUAAAAGAGUUCUUUGUUUUGAUAAUACGUAAAUUAAUUCGGUAUAUUCUUCUCAUUAGCGUAAUUAAGAUGAA